AUGAGGUCGACAUCCCCUUACUUCUACGAUGAUUACUCGGGUGACAUGCACUCGAAGCCCAUCUUCAUUCCGGACGAGGACGUGACGCUUUCUGAGCUCUUGGGGCCACCUUCAAUCGAGAUCGUCAACGACAGCCCAGACGCAGACUGCGGCAUCGAUGAGAAUCUUUCUUUGCUGUUUCCCAUCCUCCAAGACAACAGCCUCGAAAACAAUGUGAGCCAGAAGACUGGUGGAGAAUGCUUCGAACCGAACUUCUCCAUCGUGACGGAGAUCUCCAUGCCCAUCCAGCAGGAAUACUUCCAAAUCUGCAACGAAAGCGACGCACAAGAGGAAUCCAGCGUGGAGGCGCAGGAGAGCAUCUCCAGUCCUCCAGUUACUACUCAUAUCGAGAACACAACACCAAUCCUCAAGUACGCCUUGCCUCCUCGGCAUGACCAACAGUCCGUCAGUGUGAACCUGGCUUCUCUUGUCAGCGAACCUGCCAAGGAUGUAAGGUCUCCUGCCGAGCGGAAGCUGGAGUUCGAACCCAAACCUUUUCCUAGCUCCUCCUACAAGCCGAUAGAGCGCCCCCUUGCACCGGCCUACCCUCAAGUCCACCAUGGCAUGAUUCAAGGAGGAACCAUGAUGUCGGGGGAUCCAAUGCUAGUCAAGAAAGAGAAGCUUCCCAAGAGCAAACGUCCCCCGUCGCUUCCCAAGUGUGCUGGAAAUCAGCCCAUGUACUGCACCUACGAGUUCUGCCCGAACCCCACGCACACGGGAACAGGAGGCUCGUGGAAAUUUGUGACGGCAGAGACGCGCGCGGGUAACAGGGACUGGACCCAGUACAUCGCAUGCUUCACCCAGUUUGCGACCAAAGGCGCAAUGGAGCGGCUUGGAAGCCCCAACAAGAAGCGCAGGAAGGAUUCCGAGCCUCUGAAUCAUCCCAGCAGUGCGGCUGAUCAGCGCUUCCUGCCGUUGGCUGGAGUGGCCAAUCUCUCUGCGUCUUUAACUGCCAUUGCCAACUGA